CUAGAAGCCACCACUGCUGAGCCCAAACUACAGCACACUGCUACUGGAGGAGGACAAUGGGGUGCUGUAUGUAGGGGCCAGGGGGGCUCUCUACGCCCUGGACACCACCAACAUCUCUACACCUGGCAAUCUCACGAUUGAUUGGGAAGCUUCGGCAGAGCAGAAGAAGCAGUGUCUCAACAAAGGAAAAGACAAUCAGACAGAUUGUUACAAUCACAUCCGCUUCCUGCAGAGGUACAAUGAGACUCACCUGUACGUCUGUGGCACGCACGCCUUCAGGCCCCUCUGUGCUUACAUAGAUGUGGAACGCUUCAGUUUCUCCUCUGGCUUCGAAGAGGGCAGGGACAGGUGUCCCUGCGACCCAGCCAAGGGCUACACUGGCCUCCUUGUGGACGGUGAGAUGUUCUCAGCCUCCCAGUAUGAGUUCCGCAGCUCUCCGGAUGUCCGUCGGAACUUCCCUUUCCCCACUCUGAGGACAGAGGAGGCCCCCACCAGAUGGCUGCUGGAGGCGGACUUUGUGGGCUCGGCGCUGCUGAAGGAGAGUGUCAACAGCUCAGUGGGCGACGACGACAAGAUCUACUUCUUCUUCACGGAGAGGAACCAGGAGCAGAUGGCCUACCCCAGCCAGACCAGGGUGGCACGGGUGGCCCGCAUCUGCAAGGGUGACUGGGGGGGCCAGAGGACCUUGCAGAGGAAGUGGACGUCCUUCCUGAAGGCUAGACUGGUGUGCUCCGUUCCUGACUACGAGCUCCACCUCAAUGUGCUGCGUAGCGUCUUUGUACUGGAGGGCCCGGAUGUACACAGCACCGUCUUCUACGGGAUCUUUGGCCUGGAAUGGAAAAAUAUCAAGGCAUCUGCGGUGUGCCAGUACUCCUUCACAGAUAUUCAGAGGGCCUUCGAGGGGCCUUACAUGGAGGUGCAGGAUUCCAAAUGGAGGGAAUAUACAGGGAAGGUUCCAGUACCAAGGCCUGGCUCUUGUAUUACAGACAUGCACAGGUCCCAGGGCAUCAACUCGUCCCGUGACCUCCCAGACAACGUGUUAGCCUUUGCGAGGCAGCACCCCCUGAUGUCCACCCAGGUCCACCCCAUAGGAGAGCACCCCCUACUGUUCAAGAGAAGUGUKAAUUACGUAAAGAUGGCCGUGCACAGGGUGGCAGCCCUGGACGGACACGUCUACACAGUGCUCUUCUUGGGAACUGAUGAGGGUUGGCUGCACAGGGCUGUGGAGAUAGGAGGUCAAAUGCACAUCAUAGAGGAGCUGCAGCUGUUUGUGAACCCUCAGCCAAUAGACAACAUGGUCAUCUCGCAGGCACAGGGAAGUGUCUAUGUGGGCUCAAACUCUGCAGUGCUCCAGGUCCCCUUGUCCUCUUGCCAGCGCUACACGUCUUGUUUCGACUGUGUUUUCGCCCGGGACCCCUUCUGUGGCUGGGACGGGGCGCUGUGUGUGAAAAUUUCCUCACGCACAAACAGGUGGACCCUGCUUUCUCGCUCUCUCUUGUUCUCUCUCUCCUAUCUCUUUCUUUCGCUCUUUCUCUCUCCCUCACCCUCUKUCUCCCUCUCAGUAGUCUACCGCAGGCGUACGGUGAUGUCUGGGGACGAUGUCCUCCUCCAUUGCGAUCUGCGCUCCAACCUGGCCACUCCACGCUGGACCCUGGAUGGCCGUCAGCUCCAGGGCUAUGGCCUCGACUCGGGCCAUCGUGURGGCACCGACGGCCUGCUCCUCAUCUGCGCCCGGCCCGACCAGAGCGGAGACUAUCGCUGCUACGCCGUGGAGAACGACGUGUGGGUGCCAGUGAGGAUGUACACCGUGAAGGUGCACCCUGACCUGCCUUUCCCUGUGGGGUCAACAGCCGUGACGGACACUUUAUCAACCACCACCACUACCGCCCCACCGAGCCCUUCCCUUCCCCCCAGCAGCCCCACCGAGCAGCCCCUUCCCUCCCUGCUGGCUCCCCUCCCCCCUGGACCCGAGUUCCAGACCUACAGGCACAUGGAGGCCAUGUAUAUCUCCCUGGUGGCCGUGCUGGGCGGGCUGUGCCUGGUGCUGACCGUUGUGCUGCUCUACGUCAGCUUCUGCAGCCGGGGGCCAUACCAGGGCUGCAAGUACUCCCAGCAGGGUCUGCCCGAGUCGGGGGCCGCAGCCGAGAGGAAGAGGAGCUCCCACGUGGAGCUCAAGACCAUCUCCAGCCACUGUAAUGGCAGGCAGGAAAGCAAGCGCGGAUGCCGCUCCCUGUCGGUAUCCAACAUGGACGACAUGGGCGAUGGCUUCCUACAGAUCGUGCCCGCAGAAGGAUCUCCAGGGAAAUCGCCGCCCCCUCCCGCUCCGCCGCUCCCAAUGCCACCACCCCUGCCCUCCUCGGAGUACGCGUCGUCAGAGUACACCAAUGGGAUGUCGGCGACUCUACCCAGCGUCCUACGCAAGAUGAACGGCAACAGCUACGUGCUGCUGAGGCAGACGACGGACCCCGAGGGGAGCACGUCUCCCCUCUGCCACUCGUUCACCGAAGAGCUCAACCGCAUCCUGGAGAAGAGGAAGCACACGCAACUGGACCCCCAGGCGACAGACGAGAGCUCCGUCUAGCCCCACCCUGAGCUCUUUCCCUUUGAUCUGUUUAUUGGUUUAACCCAACUACAAAAGAGUGCCCCCAAGAGGCAGGGAGGUCUAGCUUGUAUUAUACUGCUUUAGUUUACCCAGUGCCAAAGCGACCUGUGGGAGUAUUCAUACCUAAAACCCAAUGUACAAUUUCCCGUGACUCGAGACAAGUGACCCACUCACAUAAUUUCACUAUUGAACAUUAGAGUAAAGAGGACUUUUUGACUUUUCCCUAACUGGAGCAGUCAUGGAUAUAGUCACAGUAUCCAUUUUGGACACACACUGUACUAGUGCAUGGACCCUUUGAUGGACUUUCAAGCAAAUACAUGAUACAUACACAAGUUAGUUACAAUCCUACCUCAGACCCUAUUGUGGAAGCUGGUCAAUUACGAUAAGGUUCAGUGCUGGUCUAGUCAGCUGACAUACUGACAGAGAGAGCGCUGUGAUGCAUCGUGGGACAAGGGACACAGACUCGCAAUGAGAGUCCAGGUCAUAUGACCAAUGAUCAUGAAGUAAGAUCGUAAUGAGUUCGACUGAGGAACUACUGAGUUUAGACAACGAUGGCUACUGUAGUUUAGUGCCAUACAGUGUACGUAUAUGAUGGCUCUUAAAGACCCAGGCCUACUGAACCUCACAAGAGAGCACAGAUGGUUGGACAAAUAAUACAUUUCAGUCAUAACUCAAUAACACACACUUAUCUUUGUUUUCUUUUGUUCUCAUGUAAAUAGCAAUUAUUUUUCUGUGGCAGCCAUCAGUAGCAACUUUGGAAAUAAUGGCAAUUGAAAUGAUAAUUUUUUGCAUCUUUGCGUUGUUAGCAUCUGACUGUGUCAGAGAGGUAAAACAGCAGUAUUAUAGAUAGACAGCAGGCUUCAUCUAAGGUUGGCCGGAUUAACACUAUCAUUGACGCAUGAAGACUAUCAUGAAGGACUGAUCUCUGGUCAGAUUGAUCAGAGAAGCUGAGUGAUGAUGAUGGUGAUGAUGAUGACGAAGAUGGUGGGACCUGAUUGCCAGAAAUGUGUGAGCCCAACAAGAGACCAGAAAGCAAAGAUAUACAAAGGGAUGGAGAAGCUGGUGAAUGGAAGAUGAAGUGUGUGAGGAACCCUGAUGAUCUGAGCCAGUGUCUGCUCAAGAUACACCAAAGGACAAUCAGUGUGUACAAUCUCCAUGGGCAGUAAACUUGGAUGCGGUUAUGGAUAUUGUACUGUACUUGCUACUUAUGGUCAAAUGGCAAACAUGCUGGCUGCUACACUCAAAACACACCUCCAGUAUACUGUAUACCUCCAGUACACACCUCCAGUAUACUGAAUGUCCUAAUAAACAUUUGGAACACUAAUUUCAACAAACAUACGCACUCACAUCAUACAGACAUGACAACAUUCAAGUCGAGGUUUAGACAUUAACUCUACGUCACCUACAGAAUAUAUUUGAGUGAACAAUGACUAAAAGACGCAUUUGCACUAUACCUCUUCUGAGGACUUAUUUGCUCUGUACAUAAGAAGAUUCAGUAUACCCUUGUAAAGUGUUACAUCCAUGUGCUACAUCCAUGUUAUGUGUUUUGUUGUUUUCUGGCUCGAUGUAGAAAUUACUAAUACUUUACAAUCUACACUGAACAAAAAUAUAAGCGAAACAUGUAAAGUGUUGGUCCCAUGUUUCAUGAGCUGAAAUAAAAAAU